CGCAUGCGCAGAAUCCGGUGAUCCGAGUCGUUCUUUUCCCUAUAUAUUCUAUUAAGAGCGACCCUGAGCACCAGCGACCUCCACCACGGUUACACCGGUAAGUCGCUACUAUCUAGAUUCACCAUGCAUCAUAAACAUGACACAUGACGCAGUUUACUUUCUCUUUGAAUACCAAGAAGGACACAUCAGUAAUUUAAAGACACUCACUAAGCUGCAAUCAGUGAAGCAGAAAACGGAAAAAUCCUUUUGUGCAGCUGUGAAGUGCAUUUCGUGCGAAAAGGAAAUGGAUACUAAUUACUAUGAUGAUGAAGACAGAAUUAAACCGGAAGAUUACCUUUUCGUGGCCGCCUUGGACUUCGGAACAACAUAUUCCGGGUACGCUUUUAGCUCUAGGUCUGACUAUAGAGAAAAUCCGAUGAAGAUGCAUGCCAACCAAGCCUGGAAUGCUGGCGGAAGUUCGCUGUUCUCUCUUAAGACUCCGACAUCCCUUCUUCUGGACUCUGAGGGUGAAUUUGUCUCCUUUGGUUACGAAGCAGAAAACAAACAUGGUAGCCUGGUACUGGAUGGAGACAGCUCGCGCUACUUGUUCUUCUCGAGAUUCAAAAUGAAACUUCACAAUCGGGAUCUUCUCAAAGAAAACACACGGAUACCUGACAUUUCCGGAAAGCCAUGGCCAGCAAAGGACGUUUUCAUGCAGUCCAUUAAAGCUCUAAAGGAUCAUUUGAUGGAGCGACUGACUCUCCAGGGGUUCAAUAUCACAAUCCGAGAAAUACGAUGGGUGUUAACGGUCCCUGCCAUUUGGAGUGACUCGGCGAAGAAAUUCAUGCGCAGAUGCGCAGAACUUGCGGGAAUUCCCCACGAAUUUUUGUUCAUCGCUUUGGAACCGGAAGUUGCUUCUGUAUACUGCCAGCACCUACCAAAUCAAACUUCCAAUCGAGAUCUUUCCAAAAAAGGAACCAAAUACAUGAUUAUAGACGUUGGGGGCGGAACUGCAGACAUCACCGUCCAUGAAAACCUAGGUUCUGGCAGACUGAGAGAGCUUCACGCUGCUACAGGUGGCGCCUGUGGCGGAACAGCGGUAGACAGAGAGUACAACAACAUGUUGACUAAAAUUAUCGGCACCAAAGUCAUGAUAAGGCUUGCUAAGCAUGAAACUAGUGCUUAUCUCGAUAUUUUCAGAGAAUUCGAAUCCGCCAAACGGUUAAUAAAACCGGAUACAGAGGGCUGGAUUAGAUUAACCGUUCCAUAUGCAACAGUCAAUGCCUUAUGCGAAGAAAUUCGUGGUCAGAAGAUGGAGGACCUGUUCCAGAAAUCAAGUUAUGCUGAAAAGGUGAUCGUAAAAAAAGACAAAAUAAACAUUGAUGCAAGCAUUUUGAAAACAUUCUUCGAACCGGCCACCGACGAGCUAGUUGUCCAUAUUAAGGAAGUAAUUAGAAACCCAAAAUCUAAAGAUGUCACAAAAGUGCUGCUGGUAGGAGGUUGUGCAGAAUCAAAGAUUUUUCAGAAUGCUGUCUCUCAGGCGAUUCCCGGCGUUCCCGUGAUUGUCCCAGAAGAAGCAGAAUUGGCCGUCCUAAAAGGAGCUGUAAUCUUUGGUCACAAUCCAAAAGUGAUCAAAUCUAGAAUUCUUCGGUAUACUUAUGGAACGGAAAUAACGCCUAACUUUAUACGCGGUGUUCACCCGAGGUCCAAACUAAAAAACAUCGCUGGAAUUAACAGAUGUCUUGGUGUAUUUAAGACAAUAAUGUCUGCUGGUACCGAGGUAGAACUUGAUCAAAAGAUUUCACAAAUGUUUCUAACGGCCACUGCCUUUCAAUUUGCAGCUGGUCUCUCUGUCUAUUGCUCACCAAACGUAACCGUCGAAUACACUGAUGACGAUUCAUGUUUUCUAUUGGGUAGAAUGUUAGUCGAGCUUCCAGUUGUUACAAUGGAACAACAACCAAUUUUCGCGGAAUUUUGUUUUGGAGAUACCGAACUUACCGUUACUACAAAAGAUAUGUUUACACAAAUGCCAUGCAAAUGCAGUUUUAAGUUAAACGAGGAUACAUGACAUUAUAAUCGUCAAUACACAUUACAAAGCCAGAAGAAGCUGCUUGAUUUUAUAAUUCUGUAUGAUGUUGUACGACUUUCAUAAUACUACGAAAGCUUUGACUUGAAAUUAAAUACUAGUGUGAAUUUUCUUAAUUUCAUGAAAAUAUUAUAGAUGUGCCUACAUUCCAAUAAAUUGAAACGUACUGAAA